CUAGGGUUUGAUUUUGACCGUCGUCAACAGCUCAAAGGUUUACAUUUCUUUGUCGUCCGUUUUCUUGUACGCAGCAGCACACACAUAUAUAUACAAGCAAGCCGUACAUUUUAUUCGUAAUCAGUAAAGUACGUAUGCUCUCUCUGCUGCAUUCUCUCUAUCUCUUUCAUACGUUGACGACGCUGGUGGUGUUUCAUUUCAGAUAAUUGAAAGCUUCCGUUUUUGUGUAAUUUGAGAUUUGGAAGCAGCGUGUUCCAAGAAAAAGAGAGUGUACUUUUAUUUGGCUAUGCAGAAUUCAUGGGCUGACUCGGUUUCUGCAGCUGAGAAGGCUGCGGCUGGUGCUUCUGUUGGAAAUGGGGGUUUUGGUAACACUUCUGCACCAUCAAGGUCCACAUAUGUUCCUCCACACCAACGUAAUCGGCCUACUUACAAUGAAUCAUAUGCACAAGCAUCAGCAGUGCUGCCUUACACUAGCUCAGCUCAAGGCCCUGGUUCAGGGGGUAGUGGCUGGGAUGCACCUAGGAAUGAUCAUGUGCGGUCUGGUUAUGGUGGUGGUUGGAAUAACAGAAAUGGUAGCUUUGACCGAGGAAGGGAGCACGAAGUUAAUCCAUUUGGGGAGAAUGAGAAUUUUGGAGAUGUUGUUGUCUCUGAUGUACAAAACGCAGGAAUUAACUUUGAUGCUUAUGAAGAUAUUCCAGUUGAGACCAGUGGUGCUGAUGUUCCACCACCAGUUAAUACCUUUGCAGAGAUAGACCUAGGCGAAGCACUGAAUCUGAAUAUUCGAAGAUGCAAGUAUGUGAAACCAACACCUGUGCAGCGUUAUGCAAUGCCUAUCUCCCUUGCAGGGCGAGAUCUGAUGGCUUGUGCUCAGACUGGCUCUGGGAAGACAGCUGCUUUUUGUUUCCCAAUUAUUAGUGGAAUUAUGAUGAACCAGGCUGCUCUGGGACGGCCUCGUGGACGUAUGGCAUUCCCACUUGCCCUAAUUAUCUCUCCGACCAGAGAAUUAUCAAUGCAAAUUCAUGAUGAAGCUAGGAAAUUUGCUUACCAAACUGGUGUAAAGGUUGCUGUUGUAUAUGGUGGAGCCCCUAUUACCCAACAGUUACGGGAACUGGAAAGAGGGGUUGACAUACUUGUCGCAACUCCUGGGCGAUUGGUGGAUUUGUUGGAGAGGGCUAGAAUUUCUUUAGAGGCGAUUCAUUAUUUGGCUCUAGAUGAAGCAGAUAGAAUGUUGGACAUGGGUUUUGAGCCACAAAUAAGGAAAAUCGUUCAGAUGAUGAACAUGCCUCCACCAGGUGCUCGACAAACUAUGCUAUUUAGUGCCACUUUUCCAAAAGAGAUACAGAAGCUUGCAUCGGAUUUUCUAUCAAAUUACAUUUUUCUUGCUGUUGGAAGAGUUGGUUCCAGCACUGAUUUGAUUGUCCAAAGAGUGGAGUAUGUCCAAGAGUCGGAUAAGAGAAGCCACCUAAUGGAUCUUCUUCAUGCACAGAGGUCAAAUGCUGUUGUUGACAAGCAAGCUUUAACUCUUGUUUUUGUGGAGACUAAAAAGGGAGCUAAUGCGCUGGAAUACUGGUUGGGUUCAAAUGGGUUCCCUGCUACUAGCAUUCAUGGCGACAGAUCUCAGCAGGAAAGAGAGCAGGCACUUAGAUCGUUCAAGACUGGAAGAACCCCAAUAUUGGUAGCAACUGAUGUAGCAGCUCGUGGUCUUGACAUCCCUCAUGUUGCACAUGUGGUUAACUUUGACCUUCCUAAUGACAUAGAUGAUUAUGUUCAUAGAAUAGGACGAACGGGUAGAGCGGGAAAGAAAGGGAUGGCUACUGCCUUCUUCAACGAAAACAAUUCUUCAAUGGCGAGAUCCUUAGCCGAGUUAAUGCAGGAAGCAAAUCAAGAAGUUCCUGCUUGGCUUUCACAGUAUGCAGCUCGGUCUUCAUUUGGCGGAGGAAAGAAUCGUCGCUCAGGGGGAGGCGGUCGAUUUGGUGGCCGUGAUUUUCGUAGGGACGGUUCCUAUAACUAUAGAAGUGGUAGUGGGGGAGCGAGUGAUAACUAUGGUGGGAAUGCCAGUUAUGGUGGCGGUGGUUAUGGUGGGAAUGCCAGUUAUGGUGGCGGUGGUUAUGGUGGGAAUGCCAGUUAUGGUGGUGGUGGUGGUUAUGGCGGUGGUUAUAGUGGUGGUUAUGGUGGUGGUUAUGCUCCCGGUGCCACUAGUGCUUGGGAUUAAGACGCAAAAUGGAGCUUUCUAAAUCUCUUUGACUAGGAAAAAUGGGGUGUUUUAGUUUGGUUUCUGGUAGUGUCGGUUUUUUGUGAUAAAAGAGGAUAAUAUUUGGUUUUUGGCAGUUAGGAAGGAGAAGCCUUAGGGAGUUUAUAAUUGAUUUUUCCUUUGUUUUCUGGUUUGUUAGCUGAGAGCAUAUAGUUGAGAGAGAGAUCAAAAUCUCUCUUGAUGAUUCCUAUUGCUCUGUAACUACUGACAUUAUUAGUGUUGUGCUUACUUUUUACAAACCCUUAUUCUCUGUUA